AGCCGGACACACCGCUGCAGGGGACCGAGCGACGGGUCAGCGCAACGUUCCGAACAAUAUACUAACAAUUUAGGCAAAAAUGCACUUUUUUACGGUAUUAACGAUAUUUUCUGUAGCAUUGUUGACGUUUUCUGUCGACGCAACCGUGUACUUUAAGGAGCAGUUUUUAGACGGAGAGGAAUGGAAGAGUCGAUGGGUGGACUCCGAGCACAAGUCUGACUACGGAAAGUUUAAACUCACAGCUGGAAACUUCUAUGGUGAUGCAGAGAAAGACAAAGGUCUGCAGACCAGCCAGGAUGCUCGUUUCUACGCCGCCUCUGCCCGGUUUGAGCCUUUCAGCAAUGAGGGCAAGAGCCUGGUUAUCCAGUAUACUGUCAAACACGAGCAGAAGAUCGACUGCGGUGGUGGCUACAUCAAACUCUUCCCUGCUGACCUUAAUCAGGCCGAUAUGCACGGAGAGUCCCAGUACUACGCCAUGUUCGGUCCGGAUAUCUGCGGUUACAGCACCAAGAAGGUACAUGUCAUCUUCAACUACAAGGGCAAAAACCACCUGAUCAAAAAGGAAAUCAAGUGCAAAGAUGAUGAGCUGACACACCUGUACACACUGAUCCUGAAUCCAGAUCAGACCUACGAAGUGAAGAUCGAUAAUGAGAAGGUGGAGUCAGGCUCUAUUGAGGAGGACUGGGACCUCCUGCCCCCCAAGAAGAUCAAGGACCCAGAGGCCAAGAAGCCAGAGGACUGGGAUGACCGCCCAAAGAUCGAUGAUGAGACAGACACCAAGCCUGAGGACUGGGACAAACCUGAGAACGUUCCUGAUCCCGAUGCCAAGAAGCCUGAGGACUGGGAUGAAGAGAUGGAUGGAGAAUGGGAGCCUGCCAUGAUUCCUAACCCUGAAUACAAGGGAGAGUGGAAACCCAAGCAGAUCGAUAAUCCCAACUACAAAGGAGUCUGGGUGCAUCCUGAGAUUGACAACCCCGAGUACAGCGCUGACGCUGAGAUCUACAAGUUCGGAAACAUUGGAGUCAUUGGAUUGGAUCUCUGGCAGGUCAAGUCUGGCACCAUUUUUGACAACUUCCUGAUCUCAGAUGAUGUGAAAGAGGCUGAGGAAUUUGGAAAAGACACCUGGGGAGUUACAAAGGGCCCAGAGAAGAAAAUGAAGGAUGAGCAGGAGGAACAGAAACGUAAAGAAGAAGAGGAAAAGAAUAAGGAACAGGACACCAAAGAGGAUGACGGAGAUGAAGAUGAGGAGGAAGAACAUGAGGAGGAGGAAGACGAGACUACGGAAGAGCCUGCAGCCGAGGAAGACGAGGACGAGGCUAGUCAUAAAGAUGAACUGUAAAUCAGGCGGUGCUUCCUGCUCUGCACAUUCAGUACGUUCUGGCACCAGGGAAACAUCUGCAGGGCAUCUGUGCAAUAAAGAUGCCAUUUGGAAUGUGACUUGUUUGAUAGGCGACAAUAAGUAGAGUAGCAGGUCUCAAACUUUAUAAAAUGUGGGUUGUUUGUUUGUUUUUGUUUUUUUAAAUACAUUUUUGGCAAGCAGGUAUAGGUAAUACUUUUAAUUUUUUAUUCGAAACCAGUUUCACUCUGUGGAAGCAGAUGUUUUCUUUUCCACAGGGUGACAUGAAGUCCUCACACAACCUGGAUUCUUGAAAGCUAUGUUGUAAAUAAGUUACUGUUGAUAAAGGCUGCAGUUAAAGGUUCCUGGUCAUUACUAUUCCCAACAUGUUUUAAUUUUAUGCAGUAGAUAUUUAAACGCACUGAUUUACUUGUUUUUUGCCCAAUUUAUGAAAUGAAUGUGGCUGGUUUUUUUUGUUUUUGUUUUUUUAUUUAAGAGAAAAUCAUGUGUCUGAUAUGAUUGUCUUUAGAUUGUCAACACAGACACAGAAACAGCUACUAUGUCAUGACCUGCAACCCUGUUUAUACACUGAAAAUAAUUGACCAACAUCCCCCCCAUUAAAAGAUUUCCAACAUGUUAAAGUUGUUCAAUAGUACUGAAGGGUUCACUGAAAUGAAAAAGAUCUGGACCAGUCUCUUGGCAUGAAGCUCUUCAACACAACAUUCUUUUAGCUGUGGUACUUUGGGGGAAACUAGGAUCAGUUCUUCAUGUGUCCGAGCAUUGUAAUUGAUGCCAAAGUUUUAUUAAAGAAUUUAUUAACAAA